AUGUUGUUACCCAAAACAAUAAUGGCGGACCUUAGUUUCCAGUGAAAGCAACGGCGAUGGAGUUGACGUGUGAAAUAUGGGAUUUUAAGCGAACGGAUGAGGAAACCCACUGACAUUUUCGAAUUCUGUGUUUCUUUUGGAUUCCACAUAGAAGCAAAACAGAAGAUAUGCUAGCCGGUGGCUAUUCAAAGCGUUACCAAACCCUGGAGAGAGAGCAGGUUGAUCACUUGAAGACAAUGAAGCAGGUGGAGAAGGGAGACAUCAUCGCUCGUACCAGAAGACUUACUCAGGAGACCAACAAGAGGAGGAAAGCGCAGGCCCAGAGAAGGAAACAUGAACUAAAAAGAGAGGAGAAAAGGAGACAGGACAUCUUACACCGACGUCAUGAGGAACAGCAAAAGGCUACAGAGAAGUACCAGCGAUCUACCAUCCCCUCCAGUAGAUCCAGCAGUCGCAGGUCCUCACACCCACACACAACAACUGGGAUAGAAGAAGCCUUGAGGCUCAUCAGAGGAACCCCACCUCUGUCACGACAGAACAGCCUCUCAUCCACUGGCAGUCAUAAAGGUAGAACCUCUCCUCGAGCUUUCGGGACAUACAACCAUGAUCCACUAAGUAGACCCUACUUUAACAAGUACUCAAGUCGGCAUUUGAGGCCACAGUCUACAUCUGAUCGUGCCCAGGAACAUGCAGAUAUGCGUGACAAGUCACUGCGGAACUACACCGACAGCCGGACUCUGUUUGAGCAGCAGCUAGAGCAGCAUCAACAGCUUCUUUUGGAGGAUCAGAAGAAGUCCCUCCACAUCUUUAACCAGGCCAUUCAGCGUGAGAUGGAUGCUGAUGCCAAACUGGAGGGCACUGAAGAAGUUGGAGAAGAAAUGUCUUGGAUGAAUCGUAGUGACAGUUUGUCAAGUGUUGACAGUCUAGAUGCUUCACGAGAGUCAUUUGGAAAAGACAGACCUCAGACAGCGAGUACAGCCACAAGGUCCAAUUCUUAUCCUAGACCUGUCCAACCUAAGGCCACACCCCUUGUUGGGAGAGUGACUCCGAAUAGUGCUAGCGUUACUAUGACAGAUGACUCCUUAGAGUCCAAACCAUUCCAAGUGGAGUAUCAUGAUGCAAAACCUCCUACAACGAAUUAUGACAGAGGUGCAAUUAUUGGGCCUAUUGUGAGUAAUAUAAAUCAGGAACAGUCUUUUGUUCUUCAUUCUCAUCUCCAGGGAGCCCCUCAUUCCUCAGCAGGGAUGAUGAGCCAGCAACAACAGAUGCAUCAGAUAGGGCAGCAACAACAGAUGCAUCAGAUGGCGCAUGAAGCAAAUGGAGGGUGUUACCCAGGACAGCUGUCCCAGUUCCCCAGCCAUGUGCCCCCCUACCUUCCCAUCUACACCCAACCCACCAUGCCUGAUAACACAGGGGUGCAGACCGAGCCCAGUACAAGUGCUGGGUAUGUUCUACCUUCAAGUGUGAAGGAGAAACGUGAUUACUCCCAAGCUACCACUCUGUCAACACUUUCCCUCACUAAUCCCAUCAGUCAGGCCGGUCCAUCAUACAUCCCAGCAACUGUCUCCAAGCAGACCCUUCCACCUGCAGCCAUCUCUGCCAGCACUGCCAACUCUCUACCUUCAAACCCAGCGACGGUUUCCUGUACAUUGGCAGCAACUGUGUCCACUACAAGUUCACGCCCACGACCCAUUCCAGCUGUCACACAAACAGGAAGUAAAGACAACGUCAACAACACAGCACCAUCAAAGGGCACAGAAUCAGGGAAUAUUGUUAAUGGAACUCUUGGACUGGUUCAUGGUAAGCUGGCAAUUCUUGCUAAUAUUGAAGCAGUAGCCAAUGAUAACUUGCCAAGCAAGCAACAAGCCACCCAGCGAUCCAAAACAAUGCCGAAGAAAUCUGCAUCAGAUUUUGAACCUAGGGAGGUAAAGAGCAUUCUAAAGAGGCCAGAAUCCAGCAAACUGAAAAAGGUGGCAUCCACAGGCAGUUUGCAUACCACUGGAUUACGAGUGAAAGACAGCAUCGAGAUUGCCAGGGGUAACCGCAGAUCUGAUCAAAGCAGAAAUGGCAGAGGGUCAGGAAAGAAGAGCGUGAGAUUUGCUGACUUGCACUAUGACGAAGAUGUCCCCGAGGACAAUGACAGUGUAGACAGCAACACCGACAAUGCUACACCAGUCAAGAAGGUCACCCAGAACAAUGAAAAUACUGGACAAGGUGCCUCUAAGCCUGCACUGCGGCAACGCCCAGUCUCAGCCAAGGUUUCAGGAUCCAAUAGGGUAAACCGACUGACUCGGGCAGCCAGUGCCGGCACUCUUAGACCCGGCCAGCAACAACAUGCUCAGGAUCGACCCCGAGCUGUGGCCCACAUCAUAGCUCACUCAAUAGAAGGAAACGACUACCUCAGUGGCAACCAAGGCAAGAAGGUUACAGUAACAACCAACAACUUCAUGGGUAAGGUCCCUGUGGCAAUACCAAAACAAGCAACGUCCGCUUCCUCCCAGGGUGUCAUCUACACAGCUACCAAUGCCUACACUGAACUGACCGGAGAUGUGACAAGUGUGUUGCAGAAGGCUGAUAGCGUGGCUGCUGCCUACCAGACCAAGUAUGUGGCAGCUCCUAUCAACAGCCACCUGACUCAGACACCCGCAUCUGAUGCCUUGAACAAAAACCAGCCAGUUUACAACGAGAACGGUCUCCGUAUUGAUCGAACUCCCACUGAUGAUGAAAUUAACUGGCUCUGGGAGAAGGUGAGGACAUGUCUGAACCGUGAACCGACCCCAUCAGAGAAGAAGACGACUGCGAGUCUCAUAGCUGCUGAUCCUUCCCUGAGUCGCCAGGCGGCACCUGUCUCUAACAAGUACAUAGAUGGCCAAUCGCUUGGUUUGACCGGCAACACCCGGGUGAACACCGCUCUGUUCAGUAACACAGUGCAGCACCGAGCCAUCAACAACAUGGCCAGCAGACAGAAGCCGGCUAGUGCUAACAACGGAGGCUACAUGCGCAAGUUUGGUAUGUUGCAGCAGCGGAAAAAUCAGUCCAACUCGGCAAAGAGGAACACACAGCCGCCUACAUUCAGCCAGUUGGAGCCACAGGAGAGUGACAGAGUCCAGCCUAAUGUGACCGAGAGUAUGGCAACGUUUCUGGCUGCAGAGCACUUUGCUGGGAAGAGCAUGUCUGACAGUCAGGUGCAGCUGGCUCUCGAGGAGGCACAGAGACGGCAGCAGGAGAUCCGCACACUUAUAUCACGAGGCACCGCAGGUCCGUCAGCAUUGUCUCUAGAGGAACAGAAGCUGCUGGAGUCUCUGGAACAUUUGGAUGAUAAACUCCAAAUUUCAGAGAGCAAGCACAAGCCUGGCAGCACAGCCUCUCAUGGUCACUCCAAUCACGGUCAACAUCACUUUGUCCAUGACGGAACUCAGGCUACCGGUACAUUUCAGUCUGGAGGGUUUCGAGGUCAUCUACCAAUUUCGCAGCCACAGCGUGGACACACUCCUGGCAACAGUACACGACAGAGGGUCCAAUCAGCCAGACACUACCACUAGAGCGUGCCACUGCAUCCACCACGCUGUAGCUGACUAGUUCUCCAGAUGAGAUUAAAGGGGCUAUUAGGAUGGACAUUCCUAUAAAACUCAGCCACGUUAUAACCACUCAUGGUUCAUGUUUUUUGGAUCCAUGGUCAUGUGACCUGGUAAUGUGCUAUACCUUGUAGUAGCUCUGUAAAAUACAGCAGUAUUUGUCUAGGAGCUGGAGCUACUGUAACGGUAAAGAUGCCACUGUUAAUUAGCUGGACACUGCUGCUUUUGUACAUGUCCAUUAUCAGCACAUGACUGUGGUAGGCUUGUUCAAGAUGGCUGAUGUCGCUGUGGUACAUCAGGCCAAGAUCUGUGAUAAUUUAUUAAUAUUAUUUCAUUAUUUCCAUUUUACUAGUUACCAAAUGAAUUUACUAGUUACCAAACAAAUUUAUCGACAUUCUGACAAUGAUUCAGGCACUAGAAGCUACUUUCAAGAUGGUUCCAUGAUAUUCCUUGAUACAACACUGUGCAGGGCAGAUCAUGGAUGCCCUUGACUGAAGCACCACAUUUGUUGUCAGGGGUAAAAGCGCUCUACUUCUGAUUAAUUUAAAAUGUACAAAGUAUUUACAUAAUCAAGCUUUACUGCAGUUACAGCAUGAUCAGCUUAGAUCAUAUCACAGAUUUACUCCGUCCAUGUUAUUUUACAUUGUUACGUUCCCAAGUUUGUCCAUAUUUAUGUUGUUGACAGAUUGUUUCUAUGAAUCAAUUCUAGUUGUCUUAUUGUAAGCCAAAGUAUCAUUCCGUCCACUUUCAUAGUGAAGUUUUUAUUUUGUUGCUGCAGUUUAUUUAUUGUUCAAAUUUACUGUAAUAUUGUCUACAAAUUAGCUAGAUAAACCAUAUCCCAGACAGCCUUGUAACCAUGGUAACACCUAUAACAGCUUCAGGGUACAUGUAAUUUCAAUGUUACCUCAUUCCUACAAUUUGUGAUAAGUGCCUUGAAACUGUUCUCCACAAAUAUCUUGUUAAUAUUUUGAUUGAAUGCAGUCUGCAAUCUUGAUGUUAAGCAUGAGAAAAAUAACAUUCCAGUAUCGCAGUAUUUAUUGUUAAAGAUAUUUCCAAAAUGUCAUGUUCCAUAAUUGUUGAAAAAUACUGAGAUCUUGUAAAUCAUGUUCUUGAAAUUUAGGUGCUUUCUAACAUUCCUGAGAGCUGCAAUAAACCAAGAUUUGUUUCUAA